AAAGUAGAUUCACAAAACGGGUUGCGAGAGAGAUAAAAAGAGAGAGCGUAGGGAGAGAGGAAAACCAAACGAAAGGAAAGGAAAAACAAAAAAGAAGAGAAAGGAAAAGACAUUACUGUAAUUCUCCGACGCGCGCACGGCCACCGGAUCUCCCUGUAAUCAUGACAACUUCGAGGCGUCUUGCGGAUAGGAAGGUGGAGAGGUUCGAUAAGAACAUUAUGAAGAGAGGAGCUGUGCCUGAAACAACCGCGAAGAAGGGAAAGGACUACCCCGUUGGUCCUGUUCUUCUCGGCUUCUUCAUUUUUGUUGUCAUUGGCUCAUCUCUCUUUCAGAUAAUCAGAACAGCAACAAGUGGAGGCAUGGCAUAAACAUACCCUGAUCUGAAAUAUGGCAGCAGAUGAAUUCCUGUUAUGCCUUUUGUCCUUUUUUUUUGUUAGCUGUCUAGGAAAAUGAUGAUACAUUUAGACUUGUGGUUUCGCAUGUUGUGAAGUACUCAAGAAAUUUAAAUAAAAGAUACCCAUUAUCAGGGUUGUAUUGACUAUAAAUUAUCUCAUAUUGUUUCUUAUAUGAAUGGGAAGACCUUGCACAGGGGUUAUUCCGUAUAUUCCUCAGUU